UAACCACGCAUUUUUACACUCAAGUUCCCCUUCCCAACUCCUCACAUUUUAUUCUGAUAUGCUCGAAAUGAAUAACUCGUCCCGCUAUCCCGCUGACGUACUCAUCAUUGGUGGAGGCCCUGCAGGCCUUACUACGGCACUUAGUGUGGCACGAAACGUCCAUACCGCGAUCGUAUUCGACUCCCAAGAUUAUCGAAACGUACGGGCGAACCAUUUCCAUAUGCUUCCUACAUGGGAUGGCAAGGAUCCCCUUGAGUUUCGUGACGCUGCACGCGAGAACACCUUAGACAACUAUGAGACCAUCCAGUUCCAUAACACCAAGGUUUCCGAUGUCAGCCGUACUGAAGAGGGUACCUUCGAAGCAAAAGAUGCAGAUGGUGUGGUCUGGUUUGGACACGCUUUAGUGCUGGCUACUGGUGUUAUUGAUAUCAUGCUUGAUAUCCCUGGAUUUGAUGAGUGCUGGGGCCGAAGCAUUUUCCACUGUCUUUUCUGCCAUGGAUACGAACAACGUGGCAGCGAGUCUUCGGGCGUUCUAGCCAUAGAUGAUGUCGCACCUGAGCCUAUCGCUUUGCACGUAUCUCGCAAUGCCGCUCAACUGACCAAAACUGUCACACUGUAUACGAACGGGGACGAAAAACAGGCAGGAGCUUUGGUUGCUGCUGCUGGUGCACAGGCGCCCUUCAUUGUUGAUCAUCGCAGGAUCACCAGAUUCACUCUUGGACGAGAUAAUGUUGGCUGCACCCUUACAUUUGAAGAUGGUACCAGUAAGGACGAAGCGUUUAUUGCUCAUAAACCAAAGCAUGCGCUCAAGAGUCAUGAUUUAGCCAAACAACUUGGUUGCGAAAUCACCCAACAAGGCGACAUCAAGGUCAACCCUCCUUUCGGGGAGACGAGUGUUAAUGGAUGUUUUGCUGCUGGUGACAACUCCAGCUUUCUAAAAACAACCCCCAAUGCCAUUAAUGUAGGAUCAAACGCUGCGGCUGGAGUGGCAAGCUAUGUUCAGAGUAGGAAAUACGGCCAGAAGAGCUUAGGUGAAUUUUUGAGGGGAACUGCGCCUCAAUCCUGA